AUGUUGUGGUUUCACCGGCUGUCCCUCGGCCUCCUGCUGCUCCACGCGGCCACCGCGCACCAAGUGUUCUUGGACGGCGACGCAGCCAGUCAGGUUCUGACCCGACAGAGACGAGCCAACAGCUUUCUAGAGGAGCUCAAACAAGGCAACAUGGAGAGGGAGUGCGUGGAGGAGCGCUGCGACUUUGAGGAGGCGCGAGAGAUCUUCGAAGAUGCCAAAAAAACUAAUGAAUUCUGGGCCAAAUACGUUGAUGGCGACGCAUGUGAGUCGAUGCCCUGCGCUCACGAAGGAGUUUGCAAAGACGCUAUCGGCAGCUACAGGUGCUACUGCCAGGAUGGCUACCAGGGCUUCAACUGCGAAAUCGUUAUUCCCGAGCUCUGUGAGAAUAAAAAUGGCGGCUGCGAACAUUUCUGCAAUGUAGUCCGAGGAAACGUUCACUGCUCCUGCACGGACGGAUAUUUUCUGGGAUCGGACGACAAAUCCUGCGAAUCGAACGAGCCCUUCAAAUGUGGCGCCGUCAUUACCGAAAACAUCCGGACGAUUUUCUGGUACGAUCGGGAAAACAUCACAGAGGGGAGCGCUCCUGGGUCGAACCUGAGCAAACUCAGCACCAACUCCUCCGGGCCGGACGCGCCCUCGCUUUCUCAGAACAGCAGCGACAUCGUGCCAGAGUUCCCCCUGCUUGAGGAAUUGCUCAUUUCUCAGAGGGCGGCGGGUAUGACGCGCAUCGUCAACGGAGAGGACUGUCCACCAGGAGAGUGUCCAUGGCAGGCUCUCCUCCUGGACAACGAUGACAUUGGUUUCUGCGGAGGAACCAUCCUCAACGAAUACGUCAUCCUGACCGCCGCACACUGCAUGAACUAUUCACUCUACAUCUACGUGAAGCUCGGUGAGUUUGACGUGUUGGUGAAUCACGGGAACGAAGCGACGCACCAAGUGGAAACUAUCAUCACCCACAAUAAUUACAAGUCGGACACGUACCACAACGACAUCGCACUCAUCAAACUGGCUACGCCUAUCAAGUUCUCCAGGUUCAUCCUGCCGGCCUGCUUACCUGUGCAAGAUUUUGCUGAAAAGGUGUUAAUGCGGCAGCCAUACGGCAUGGUCAGCGGUUUCGGUCGCCUCGGCGAGGGUAAGCAGCCGUCCACCAUCCUGCAGCGCUUAACGAUGCCCUUCGUGGAUCGGUUCACCUGCAUCGAGUCCACCCAGCUGCGCAUCUCUACCCGCAUGUUCUGCGCCGGCUACGACACGAUAGCCAAGGACGCCUGCCAAGGUGACAGCGGCGGGCCGCACGUCACAAGCUACCGAAACACCUUUUUUAUCACAGGCAUCGUGAGCUGGGGGGAAGGCUGCGCAAAAGCAGGCAAAUAUGGCGUCUACACGCAGGUGUCCAAGUACAUCCGCUGGAUCCACGAGGGCAUCAAGAAGCUGAUGCCCAAAGAGAAAAGUGGCGGCAGGGUGAGGCGGCACCACGGCGCCAUCAAGAGGCUGGUUCUGUAA